AUGCCGAGCUCCGCCGCUGGUCAAGCUCCACCUCCUCUUCGCGCGCCCGCCUCUUCGCCGCCCUCCUCCCCUGCAGCCAUUGAGCGGGCGCCGUCGACGGGGCCAGCAAGGUCGAGGUCCAUAAGGACACUGGAGGAGUCGCGCUCAAGGAGACCAAGCUGUAUACGCUGCUCUGAACACAUAAUUUCCUCCACCUGUAUUGGAUUUGGACGCAGAGAGCGUGAUGCCUGGCUCAUCGGGUCAGUCCAAGCUGCUCUCUGCCACUACAAUGCUAGGCACCAGGGUGUCGAGUUUGAUGCUGUGAAGCCACUGAUGGAAGACCGAGUUGGUUUCAGGGACCAGGUGUGGUUCCACCUCAACUUCUGGGCUCGUAGCCGCAGCACCAACAAAAUCAAGCGCUUCUUCGCCGAGGUGCACUACAAGCCAUCCUCUGACACCUCCAAAUACCCACAGGCAACUCCCAUCGUUGAAAUAUGCACCAUCAUUGAAGAGCCUCUUUCCCAGUACAGGAGGGCGUGUGCGUUUUGUGCUGCCAGUUGCGAAAUUUUGCACCCUAAGGGGUGCCGCAAGUUUGUUUGCGGCAACGACAAGGACCGGUUCGAACAACGUCUCGUGCAGUGUGGCUCUAUGUGCAUCGAGCCACCAUUCAGUUGCCCCUCCAAGAUCGAAAGGCACGGUCUGCCUUAUCGCUCCUCAUCGUCUUCGCCAUCACAAUGA